CAGAAAGCGUUCGAGAACUUCUCCAGUUGCCUGAAGGCGCUGGUUGACCCCGCCAAGUUGCAGGCAGAGAUAGAAGAAGCGUCCCCUAAUGGCCAAGUUGACGAAGUUUUCAAAGGCUACUGCGCCAAGACGCCUCAAUUCAAGAGCUGUUUCACGGACAUGACAAACGCUGUGCGACCCUGCUUCAGUGAGAAGGAACGCAACAACCUGAAGACAGUGUACAAUGUCACCGAGCAACUGGCCGAGUUCAUCUGCUACAAGGAAGGCGAUAGGAUUGCGCUGUUCAUCGCCGAGGGCGGGCGCGAGUGCUUCCAGGACAAGCAGGAGCAACUCCAGGAAUGCACCAACCGCACGCUCGGCGCCGACUUCAAGGUGGACCCCAACAACCUGAGCGCCGAUAGCAUACCUAACAUCGCUUUCGGGGAAAAAGAGUGCCGCCAGCUGAGCGAACUGCAGCUGUGUGUAGUGGGAGUGCUUGAGACGUGCGAGGCGCCCACGACCGGCAACAUCGUGGAGUCCAUGUUCAAGUUCAUCCGCAAGGCCACGCCCUGCAGCGACGUCGCUGAGACGAAACAAAACAGGCCAGGGUCGGCCUCAGGGCUCGCGGUGACGUCAGCCACCUUCCUACUCGGCCUAUUCGCGGCCAUGUAUGUGUAAGCUACGAGUAAAUCGUUUCAUAUUAUUUAUAGCACCAGUCACUUAGAGACAAGUUGCCAUAAGAGUAGAUAGACGCUUGAACAUUAAUAAAUGUGUCGUCACACGUUAAACGACAUCCCAGUUUAACAGUAUGCAAAAUUUUCACUUUAAGAGUGGUUAUCCCGAAUAAAGCUUCCUUUGGAAAAUCAUUUCAGGAAGUGCUGAGAAAAGUUGCCCUAGAAAGUCUAGCCCUAAUCAAAUCAAUUUCAAGCAUUUUCCAAACUUUAGAAUUUAUUUAUUAAAACCGAUCGAAGCAGUAAAAAUAUGUACGUACAUUCUUCAUUUUGGAUCGUCUUCUAACCGUUUGUGUAGCAUUUCAUUUGUUUUUAUGAAGUUUAUCUACUCUUAUGGUUAAAUUGAGAUGCUUGUGAUUAAAUGUGUCAUUUGCAAGCCUAAUUAGUUUUACAUGUAUUGUGGUGGAAGAUAAUGAUUACCUGUUCACAUAUCAUUAAUAGUUAGUUUUCUAUUUUAAUUUCUAAGAGUAUGACCGUACCGUGAGUAAAUCAGAGUAUAAUUUAUUUGUAUUUACUAACACACAGACAGUUAAAAAUUAACAUUAGUGUAACGUAAACGUGCAGGCUAAAAAGAACCGUAUCACUACAUGCGAAAGAUUUUUUUAAACUGAUUAUGUUUUUUUUUAACAGUAGAGUAGAUUAAGUGUCGCAUAGAAUGAAAAUGCUAGGCCAAAAAAUUAAGGAGUCUGUCACCAUUAUCGUGCUAAAAUGAAAAAACAAAUUAAAGUUUUUAUUUUAUAGGAAUAAUGCGCUGUGCUAUUUACUUAUGUAUACUAUAAAUUGAUAAGGUUUUAAUCAAAUUCAUGCUGUAAUUCGUAAUUUAUAAGCGUGCUAGAUUUAUUAUUGAACAAACUCGCGUUUUUAUUUUAUUGGAAAAUCGAACUCGCCAAACUAUAUUUUUCUAAAAUGAAAUAUGAUUUUGUUAUACUUUGAAACAAAUUUUUGAUAUUUACAUUUUUAUUUUGAGAGUAAAACUCAUUUACUUUAGUGUGCGAUGCGAAUAUUUAUUGUUUGCUAGUUUUAAGAAAUCUUGAGCUUUUUAGUACAUUAUGAUACAGCCAAAACAAUAUUUAAAAAUAUAAUGAAAUCAUAUUGAACAUUUUUGUGUGGUCUCCUAUACCGCGUUUAUGCAUUGGUUAUAUUUGCGCCAAGAUGUAGUUUUACAACCAAUACACCAAUUUAUAAAACUUGGCAAUUUAUACUUCACACCAAAAACGUACAAAGACAGCUAAUGUAAUGCGUAGUGAUAAUUUUGUACUUUAUUAAUAUCCAAUUCUUAUACCACAUAUGUACACAUUUAGUGCUUUCUCUUUACAAACGACGUAUAUUAAAAUAAUGAGCUAGUAAUUCUGUAGUAAGCAUUCUGAUAUCAUAAAAUAGUCACAAAAAUAAAAAAGAGCUAUUAGUUUUGCUAUUGCAGAAUGUUUUUGUAAUAAUAUUGUAAUGUAACCAGUACAUAUCGCUAGAGUAUCAGUGCCAAGAGUUACCGGCCAAAACGCUUGCCUAAAUGUAGAUUUACAAAAAUGUUAUGUAAAAUUAGACUUGAUAUCGAAUUCACUAUCUCUAAAGGCGCGCGUGCAUGGCUUACUUUUUUGUCGCCGUGACAGUAUUCGUGAUAGUAUAUCUGUUUCUUUUACACUAUUAUGAAGAGAAAAAGAGAGACAUACUGUCGCGGUGACAAAAGUCACGUUGUAAAGUCAUUUGUCUCUUUUGUCUCCUUCUAAAUUCAAUUGACAAUAGUCCAACGGUGUCUGUGUCGAACUACUACUCGAGAUCCGAAGAACGCUGUUACGAAUCCUGCUGCUGAACUAUUGUGGUGAACCCUCUCGUGGCACAAGCAUAUUUUAAGAUAAGCACGAGAGGUUAACGGGAUUUUUAUAAAGAAUAAUAUGAGAGAAUACAAACAGAAAUAGCCAUCAAAAUACGUCCUAGCUAGAGCGUCCUAGUGUUUACAAAAAUCUUGUAAAUCUUUUUAAAAUCUAAAUCUAAAGAAAUAGUGAAUUUUAUUGAAAUAUAGUCUAAAACAUCAGUGUUUUAAACGCGAGGUAAUGCGAAGCUGUCCAUAUAUUAAAUUAGAAUAAUAGAUAUAGAAGUGGGAUUGUUGUCCCUAACGAUAGUUUAUUUGCGAGUGCAUAAUUAUGAAUGUAAAAUACAACGAAUGUUACAGUCCAUAAUAGUUUUAAAAGCCGGGUUCUUUUUAAACUUUUACUUAAAUGUCGGACUUAGUUAAUUCAUGAUUAUGUUUUCCUAACACUUAACUAAUGUAUGAUUAAUUUUUUUUUCUAUCUAUCAUUGUAAGUUACUUUUAUUCUAUAUUUUAUAUAGAAUUAGUUGCAGUAAAGUGAAUCAGAUAUAGAACUGCUGAAAACUUAUUUAUUAAAACAUUUUAUGUGCUUUUAAUUCUUGUUACAAAAUUUUAAUUUACAUAAACAUUCCAUUUUAUUUUUGAUUGUAUUAAAUGUUGAUGCUGUUUCUGAUAUUUCAUUUUUAUUUUAUAUUAAUUUGUUAAUUAUGGGUUUUAUAAGAUAUAGUUUUAAAAUAAGACAAAUGACAAGAACAUUUUGAUACGAAUUGUUUAUUGUUUUUAAAUGUUUUAUUCCUUUAGGUUUCACGAAGACUGUUUCAAAAAUAGCAUUGUGAAAUUAUUGCUAAUUAGUCUUGUUUUUUAAUUGAACGUACAAGAUUUUAUAACUACCUAUUGUAUGAAAGCCAAUCGUUCAAAACGUUAUUUUAAUGUAUUUGCUUACCCAAAGUUGUGUCGGUAAUGAGAUAUUGUACCCAAUUUAUUUUAGAUCUUCCUAUUAAUAAGCAAAGUGCUAAGGUUUAAUUUUGUAAAAUGUUUACAUUUUUAAGGCAUAUCAAAUAAACGUGGAAAUAUAAAA